AUGUACCUGAUCACUGUGUUUGGAAACCUGCUCAUCAUCCUGGCUGUCAGCUCAGACUCCCACCUCCACACCCCCAUGUACUUCUUCCUCUCCAACCUGUCCUUUGCAGACAUCUGUUUCACCUCUACCACCAUCCCAAAGAUGCUGUGGAACAUCCAGACUCACAGCAAAGUCAUAACCUACGAAGGCUGCAUCAUCCAGAUGUAUUUUUUCUUACUGUUUGGGGGAUUGGACGUCUUCCUCCUGACCAUGAUGGCCUAUGAUCGGUAUGUGGCCAUCUGUCACCCUCUGCACUACACAGUCAUCAUGACAUCCCAGCUCUUCAUUAUGAAUCCAUGGCUUUGUGGCAUUAUGCUCCUGGUCUCCUGGAUCAUCAGUGUCUUGCAUUCCUUCUUACAAACCUUAAUGGUUUUGCAGCUUGCCUUCUAUACACAUUUAGAAAUCCCUCAUUAUUUCUGUGAACUUAAUCAGUUGAUUCAACUUGCUUGCACUGAUACCUUUCUCAAUGACAUAGUGAUGUAUUUUGCAGCCCCACUUCUGGGUGGUUGUCCCCUGGUUGGUAUCAUUUACUCAUACUCUAAGAUAGUGUCUUCCAUUUGUAAAAUAUCAUCAUCUCAGGGGAAGUAUAAAGCAUUUUCCACUUGUGCAUCUCACCUUUCAAUUGUCUCCUUAUUCUGUUGUACAUGCUUAGGAGUGUACCUAAGCUCUGCUGUUACCCACAGCUCACACUCAAGUGCAACAGCCUCAUUGAUGUACACAGUGGUCACACCCAUGCUGAACCCCUUCAUAUACAGUCUGAGAAAUAAAGACAUAAAGAGGGCUAUGAAAAGAUAUCUUUUCCUCUCCAUGUACCUGAUCACUGUGUUUGGAAACCUGCUCAUUAUUCUGGCUGUCAGUUCAAAUCUCCACCUCCACACCCCCAUGUACUUCUUUCUUUCCAACCUGUCCUUUGUAGACAUCUGUUUCACCUCCACCACCAUCCCAAAGAUGCUGGUGAAUAUACAGACAAAGAGCAAAGUUAUAACCUAUGAAGGCUGCAUCACCCAGAUGUAUUUCUUCACACUUUUUGCAGGACUGGACAUCUUGCUCCUAACAGUGAUGGCCUAUGAUCGCUUCAUGGCCAUCUGUCACCCCCUGCACUACAUGGUCAUCAUGAACCCCCAGCUCUGCAAACUGUUGGUGCUGGUGUCCUGGGUCAUGACAUUUUCUACCUGUGCAUCUCACCUUUCCAUUGUUUCCUUAUUUUAUUGUACGGGUUUAGGAGUGUACCUUAGCUCUGCCAGUACCAACAGUUCACACUCAAGUGCAACAGCCUCGGUGAUGUACACUGUGGUCACACCCAUGCUGAACCCCUUUAUCUACAGUCUGAGAAAUAAAGACUUAAAGAAGGGUCUGAAAAUACUCUUUGGAAAGGUGACUCUAAAAGGGCCAUUGUCCUAG